GGCUGCCCUCUUACUAACUGUGUCACUACGACCACUCCGCUCUCUCAGGACUAAAUCUGAGGAUGUCAGCAGGAAAGGAAACUGAAAACGAGGGGAGAACGGUGACAGAUUUCCAAGGUGAAUGCUGACCAGGCAAAGGAAGUCUCACAGAGCUGUCAGCACCUGCAGUAUAACCAUAAUGCAGCAUCCACACGAUAUUGAUAUUGAUCAUGACGACCGAGCUAAGCUGCUUAUAAGAGGACCUGCAGAGAACUGUUCAACUAACCCCCCUCCCACUGGUCCCCUGCACCCCCUGGGGGAUAACGUGUUCCUCUCCCCUGAUCUACCUGUGUCCCACCCUUAAUCCCCGCCUCCCCACCGGACUGUAAAGGAGAGAGGAUAAAUACACGAUGGCGGUCUUGAGAGUGACGUUCACCAAGACCAAGAGGGACAAGUUGGCCCAGGUGCUGUGGAUCCUCAACUGGAUCUCAGUGGUGACGGGGGCCAUCCUGUUCAGUCUGGGGCUCUUCCUCAAGGUGGAGAUCAACAAGCGAGGAGAACUGAUGGCUGAGAGGGACAUCCAGUACGUGCCCAACAUGCUCAUAGCCGUGGGCCUCAUCGCCUGUGCCAUCAACUUCCUGGGUGGGAAGAUCUGUUACGACUGUGUGGACACCACCAAGUUCUUGCGCUGGAAGCUGAUCAUGCUGCCCUACAUCAUAUGCACCUUCUUCUUCACCUUCUGCGUGCUGGUGGGGGCUCUGAUGUGUUACAGCAUGCGCGGGGAGCUGGACGAGUCUCUGAACCUGGGGCUGACAGAGGCCAUGAGGUUCUACAAGGACACGGACACACCGGGACGGUGUUUCCUGAAGCGCACUGUGGACAUUCUGCAGAUAGAGUUCCACUGCUGCGGCAACAGUGGCUACAGAGACUGGUUCCAAAUCCAGUGGAUCAGCAACCGUUACCUGGACAUGUCCCACAAAGAGGUGGUGGACCGAUUAAGGAGCAACGUGGAGGGGAAGUACCUGAUGGACGGAGUCCCCUUCAGCUGCUGCAACAUCAACUCCCCCCGGCCCUGCAUCCAGCAGCAGGUCACCAACAACUCUGCCCACUUCAACUACGAGCACCAGACGGAGGAGCUGAACCUGUGGAGGAAAGGCUGUCGGCGGGCGCUGCUGGAGCACUACAACUACAUCAUGCAGUCCAUCGGCCUCGCGGUCCUCAUCGCCUGGCUGUUCGAGCUGUCUGUGUUGACAGGCGUCCGUUACCUGCAAACCUCCCUGGAAAACGUGCUGCGGCAGGGCGAUCCCAACUCUGAGUCCGACGGCUGGCUGCUGGAAAACAGCUUCAUGGAAACAGCCCGGACAAACCUGAACAUCAUCAAGAGCCUCGGCAAGUGCAACCAGAUAGACACAGCCAACAACGGAGACCCCAACAUCAAUGUCCCCUCCACCUCCAAAGCACAUUAUGGGCCAGACAACGUGUCACCGAAGCAGAUACCUGAAGCCAGUUGACCUUCCUCUAACUAAAGGCCUCAGCGUUACUGAAGGCCCAAACACUCAGACUACUUCAAAAGAGACGUUCAGUGAGCUCAAGAAUUACAGCUGAGAAAUACUUGACAAAGGUUUGUGUGCAGAAAAUGAAAUACACACAUAUACAUUUUCUUGAAAGAAAUCUUUUCUGUAGUGCAGAUAAUGCCUUUUUUAAACUUUUUCCAACCAUAUAUCUAUCGAAAAUCUUUCCAUACAUGUGCUCCUGUCAUGAUGCAAACACCAUAACAUAAAUCACCGUACACAUUUUCCAACACAUCAGAACUCAACUGUACUGUAAUCUGAUGUUUACAAAUUCUGUUGUUCACAGAUAUCUCGUUUCCUGCCGUUAUGGUUUGGCAAAAUUAAUCCAAAACAGCUUCACACACACGUUGGCUGUAACACUGGAAUCAAAAUGAACUUGGAGGUCAAGCAUGAAAUACUGUUUGAUGAACAACAUAUAUGGAAAAGAUUUUUUUUUCCUGCCUGAUUUCAUUUGUCUUGACUGUCAGAAAAUACAGUCAAGACAAUGAUUUUUGUAUCAGUAUGUCAUAGUAUAUAUGUUACAUUUUACUCAUGAAGGAUUAGGGUGAUUUGGCCACGAGCCGAGCAGGCUUUGUAGGACCUGGAAGAGCAUGAUGAUAAAGUUCACAUUAGUCCUGGUUGGAUGGAACAAUAGUAUCAUUUUAGAUACAUUAGCGAACAAUGGCCUGCUGAGGUUAGUCAACAAUAUAAUAAACAUAGUGAUUGAAACCCAAUUAACAGACAGAAGUCCAAGCCAUCACUGAAUCUCAUGUGCCUCAGCGAAGCCACUGGUCUAAUUGUCUACGGAAAAACACUUUUCACUGGGACGGGCUAUGAAAAGCUGGACGAUGAACCUCGUCAGUUGGCUUCACUGUCACUGAUCUUCAAACUGAUCGACUUUGUUUGCUUUUUAUUGGCUGGUUUCUUUCUCACUUGAAAGUAAAGUGUGUAAGUUAAUAAAGUUAAAGUUCUGUCUGCGAGAAGUCAAUCCUGUCUUGUGAAACGGCCUGUCUCACCUGGAGUGGGGAUAAAAAUAUUAUUGGGAACAAAAAAACCCCAAUAUUAAUGGUGAAGAAUGGC